AGGCUGGAAGUAUUUGGAUGCCGUGCUCUCAGUGCAAAGUGUAUGAGCUCUAUGGCUAAUGAAUGUUCCAACCUGAAGGUCUUGAACAUUGGCAGAGUUCCAAAGAUUACAGAUGUCUGUGCGACUCAGAUGAUGUUGUGCUUCAAAAACUUAACAUCACUUAAUGUAACAGGUCUCAAUGCGAUUCGUGAUCGGGUUGUACAUCACAUUGUAAGACAGUGCCCUAAAUUGGAGAGUUUAACCCUUAGUUCCUGUCCUUGUGUAACAGAUGUCAGCUUGGUUGAAGUUAGCACUUACUUACCCACAAUAAGGUACUUUGAUGUUAGUGGCUGUAAGAAAGUGACAGACACAGGGGUACAGGCCAUAGCGAUGAGCUGCCAUCAUCUUCAGUAUCUUGAUCUAAGCUCCACUCAGAUAGGCAAACGAGGAAUUUGUCUCCUGGCUAAUUACUGCAAAGAAACCCUGGAAUGUGUGAAACUUAGUUUCUGCAAGGACAUCACUGAAGAUGCUGUUAAAAAAAUGUGCCAGAACUGCAAGCGGCUGAAGCUGCUUCACCUGUAUGGCUGCAUGACUAUCCACAACGUGAAGGCUAUUCAGGAUGUAAAUAGGAAGGUUGAAGUGCAUUUUGACCUUUCAGUCAGCACUUCCUACAGAAUAAAAUAGUGAAAUAUUAUUAUGUGUGCUUGAAAUUCUCAGCACUUUCUGAGUUUUUUCAGAUCCUUAAUUUCACCCCUGUAGGUUUUUUUUUUUUCUGCAUUGUCCUAUUUCUUUUGUAUAUCCACUUUUUUGGUAUACCAUAAUAUUCUGUUGUACUAAAAUGGGAUCUGAGAGUUAAUUUCAGAUAUAUCACAUAAUAUUGCUUCAAAAAUAUCAGACAAAGAGCCAACUUCCCAACAUUUCGGUAUGUUUAACAUACGUGUAACAAAAGUGUGUUUGAAAACAA